CCUACUUAAUUGCAUGCAGGACAAGAUUUUACUUGAACAGUCUAUUCAAACUGAGUCACUGAUAUGCCUCACGCAGAUCGUAAUUGCUGCCUAACUUCGUGUUUUAAAUGUUGCAGUACUCCUAGAAGAACAGUAGACGAAGAGCUGGAAUCUCUAGCAUCACACCAACAUGGACACCGUUCACACUUGCCUACGAAAGACUAUGAUAGCCUUGACUAUGAUACAUGUUAUAGUCAAAUCCACACUGAGAUGUUGGAGGCUAAGACAUCGUGGGCAAGUCGGCAUCUUGAAGUCUUUCGAUGGAUCAUGACAGCUGCUAUUGGUAUCCUAACUGGUUUGGUAGCUGUUUUCAUCAACUACUUUGUUGGAUUGCUGAGUGAUUGGAAACUUGGAACAGUUGAUAAUUACUUGGGUGACUGUUCCAGAUACAAAUGCCUUGGUGUGCCUCUCAUGAUCCUCCUAGCCUUCAAUGUUACAUUUGUCCUCAUAGCAAGUCUGUUGGUAGCGCUCGAGCCCAUUGCUGGUGGAUCCGGGAUACCAGAGAUCAAAUGUUACCUGAACGGCGUCAAAGUGCCUCAUGUAGUGCGUCUCAAGACCCUGGUUUCCAAGGCUGUUGGAGUACUCUUCAGUGUGGCAGGGGGAUUAUUUGUUGGGAAAGAAGGGCCAAUGAUCCACAGCGGUGCUAUCGUCGGAGCAGGUAUCCCACAAUUCCAGAGCAUCACAUUCCGCAAGCUCAACUUUAACUUCCCAUAUUUUAGAACCGAUAGAGAUAAGAGAGAUUUUGUGUCAGGUGGAGCAGCAGCAGGAGUGGCAGCUGCCUUUGGAUCUCCUAUAGGCGGUGUACUAUUCAGCUUAGAAGAGGGGUCUUCGUUUUGGAACCAAGCAUUAACAUGGAGAACUUUUUUCUGUGCCAUGUGUGCAACUUUUGCUCUCAAUUUCUUGAUGUCUGGUAUCAACUUUGGAGAUUGGGGAGGACUAAGCCAACCAGGUCUAAUUGACUUUGGAUUAUUCAAGUGUGGUUCAGGGAAGUGCAAUUUAUGGACAGCAUUCGACUUGCUAAUCUUCAUUGCCAUGGGUUUUGUUGGUGGACUAUUGGGGGCGCUCUUCAAUGCCAUCAAUACGUUCAUCACGGUCUGUCGCCUCCAGAAUCCCGUCAUGAGACGGAAAGUGGCAAGGGUUUUGGAGGCAAUCCUAGUUGCCACGGUCACGACUUUAGUUGCCUUUCUUGCUGCCAUGACAAUGGGACAAUGUAUACAACUUCCGUCAACAAAUUCCACAUCUCCUGCUGAGAUCAGCUCCUCAGUGAGGACCUAUUUCUGUCCUGACGGUUACUACAAUGACAUGGCUACUCUGUUCUUUAAUCCACAAGAACAAGCCAUCAAACAACUCUUUCAUCAGGAAGGUACAUUCAGCCUUCAAUCUCUCGGUCUCUUCUUCAUGUAUUUCUUCUUUCUGUCGUGUUGGACCUAUGGGUCGGCUGUACCCAGCGGUCUCUUUGUACCCUCGUUGCUGUGUGGAGCUGCCUAUGGUCGCUUCAUAGGAAAUGCUUUGAAAAGUUACCUCUCCUACACACGGAUCUACUCUGGAACCUUUGCACUGGUAGGCGCUGCUGCUUUCCUUGGGGGCGUAGUCCGUAUGACGAUCAGCCUUACUGUUAUCUUGAUUGAAUCUACCAACGAGAUCAGCUAUGGCUUGCCGAUCAUGGUCACCCUCAUGGUUGCCAAGUGGUCUGGUGAUCUCUUCAACGAAGGUCUCUACGACAUACACAUCAAGCUACGAGGGGUGCCACUCCUAGAAUGGGAAGCUAACAGGAAAAUUGAAAGACUCUGUGCCCACGACGUCAUGGAGCCAGACUUGGUCUACAUCUACCCCCACACCAGAGUCCACUCGCUGGUCAACAUCCUGCGAACCACUACCCAUCAUGCCUUUCCUGUCGUCACGGAAACAACGCCUAGGCAAAAGGUCAAGAGGUCGGCUGAUGCAGUGACGAGUAGGAACAUGAUGUUUAAGAAUGCCACUUUGACGAGGGCCGGAGAGAGGAAGCUCCGGGGUCGGUCCGUUCUCCUGAAUGAUGUCAACCAGGUCAACGAACUAUCUGCAACAACUGGUAGACGACGCUUUCACUCAGAAUCAACGUAUGCCUCACCCAGCUCACCAUCAAAUCCAUCCACUGAAGAGGCUACGGCUGAACCUGACUGUGAGAGUGAACAAGUUUUCCAGGACGAAUAUCGACCUUUGACCUUCCACGGGCUCCUCCUCAGGGAUCACUUGGUGACCCUGCUGCAACAUGGGGCAUGCUAUCCUGAAAAUGUCUCUAGUUCAACUCAGCCUGAUGUUACAUAUGAAGAUAUGGUGGCCAGGUAUCCAAGAUAUCUUGACAUCUACGACAUUGACAUUUCUAACGUCAAUGCUAAUAUGAUAGUGGAUGUGAGCAAGUACAUGACACCAUGCCCCUACACUGUCUAUCCGGACACACCAGCACCAAAGGUCUUCAAUCUAUUUCGUACCAUGGGACUCAGACAUCUACCCGUUGUCAAUAGUUUUGGAGAGAUCUUGGGAAUCAUCACCAGGCACAAUCUAACAGAGGAAUUCUUGGAAGAGAAACAAGAAGAACUUCAUCACAGAACAACUAAUCCAGUAGUUGACGAUAGUUUGGGGUAAAUCUUUGAUAAUUGCAUCUGGCGUGAUCUUAUACUGAUAUAGUAUAAGUAUGUAAUAUGUUGACAUAUGUACUUAAAUAGAUUCCACUUCCCAGAUGGAAGAAAGAUUUUUCUAUUUUUAAUAAUAUAUUGUGUAAAAAAUUUUAAUUAUGAAUUCUUUUUCUACCUUUUUAAUUAGUCUUAAUUCUCGUCCAUGACUAUGCAAACAAAAAGAGGAUACUUCUUGACAAUCAUCUAAUAAGCUGUUUUUAUUCAUACCUUUAAUUUUCAUCUAAUAUUUCAGGAGGUAGUGUUGUCCAUAGCUAUGUGUUAAUGGGCCAUCAUGAUAAUAGUAUUAUCACACCAAUUUUAAAGUAUUAGAAGUAGUCUUUGAUUACACAGUUAGGUUCAGUGAUGAAAAUGAUGCUAGAAUGUCCAAUUUGCUAUUGAAUUGUCUUCUUUUUUUUUUAAUAGAUUUUUUUUUUUGGGGGGGGUCUGUUCUGCUUCUGUCACUUAUUCCCUUUUGAACCCGAUUUUUUUUAUAGAUAUAUGGAUAUCAAAUCUCUUAUGCGAAAUUUACCUUUUGGGGGAAGUGUGAUUGUAUUUAGAUAAUGUUUGAAGGUUUGCAAGGUGGUAUGAACAAUCACGAAAGUGGUUCUACAGUAUUCCAUGUCAAUGUCUAAAGUCCUGGAAAGGACUGAGAUUAAAGUGGAUAGAGUUAGAAGUGAAAUGGAAAGGCGAGAAGAAGACGGACAGACAACGUACCCGAAGCGUCAAGUCUUCUCUUCCGCUCCUGCUCUGCAACUCAUUUGCUGAGUUUAUCCAGCCUUCUCUAAUCUACUCAAGCCUCUCUCACCUCUCCAAAUCAAUCAGCCUUCUACUCAAGCCUCUCAUCCGACAUGUCCCUACUACUCAAGCUUUCCACUCCUUC